AGUCAACAAUUAAACAUAUCUAAGAAGCUUCAUAUGUAAUCAACCCAUGUACUCGAGUCCUUUAUAUCAAACAAAACCAAUUGAGAAAAAAACAUCAACACCGCAACAAUUUAGGCCUUUCAAGCAUGGAAUUCUUCAACAAAGCCAAAGCUGUUCGACUCCGAAGCCAUCUCGACAAGUAUCUAGUGGCCGACGAGGACGAAGAAACCGUCCGGCAGAGCCGGAAUAGCUCCACACACAAAGCCAGAUGGACGGUGGAGAUGGUUGAGGGGAAGAGCCACGUCAUCCGCCUCAAGAGCUGCAAUGGGAAGUAUCUCACCGCCUUAGACGAGGACUUCCUUCUAGGAUGGACUGGAAAGAAGGUGCUCCAGACUAUUCCGGCGACGAUGAAGGAUGGUUCAAUUGAAUGGGAGCCUAUCAAGGAAGGGUCACUGGUGAAGCUGAGGACGAAAGGAGGGGGGAAGUUCUUGCGCGCAAACUGGGGGACACCACCUUGGAGAAACUCGGUCACUCAUGACGUUCCUUACACAACUGCAACGCAAGAUUGGGUUUUGUGGGAGGUGGAAAUGGUAGAAAUGUCUACGUUGAACUCAUAUGACUCGCUGUCCAGUCAUGAGUCAUUGUCGAGUUGUGUGUCGCCGGCGUUGAGCUUUUCAUCCGCGCUUGAUGAUGUUGCAGGUAUUAACACCCGAUCACCGUCCAUGGACUGCGGUGCGUCCAAACAUGCAUCGGGAAGACAGAAUGGUAUGGAAUUCUUUGACAAAGCCAAAGCAGUUAAACUUCAAAGCCACUUGGGCAAGUACCUACUCGCCAACGAGGACGAAGAAACCGUCCGGCAAAGCCGGAAUGGCGCCACUUCACGUAAUGCUCGGUGGACAGUCGAGUUCAUAGAAGGAAAGAACAAUGCCAUCCGCCUCAAGAGCUGCCAUGGCAAGUACCUCACCGCCACCGACGAGCCAUUCCUUCUCGGCUUGACCGGGAAAAAAGUCCUCCAAACAAUUCCGGCGACAAAAAUGAACAAUGCCAUCGAAUGGGAGCCUAUAAAGGAAGGGUUUAAAGUGAAGCUUCGAAGUCGAGACGGGAAGUUCUUGAGGGCUAAUGGCGGUACACCGCCUUGGAGAAACUCCAUAACACAUGAUGUUCCGAAUAGAACUGCAACUCAAGACUGGGUUUUGUGGGGAGUGGAUGUGGUGGAUAUAUCAGUAUCCGAAUCCGAGCCCGUGUCGACUUACAUGUCGUCCAGCUUUUCACCGUUGGCUGAUGAUUAUACCGAUUCUCCGAUAAAUGGUUCGCCGUUGAUCGUCUCCGGCAGCUCUGGACAUGUGCCUGAAAGUCAGGAACCUUUUUUUUAACUGAAACUUCUUUAUUAUACGCAUUUACCAGCAUUUUGAUUACUCAUUUUUUUUUUUUUUGAAACACGAUCUACAAAGUGGUUAGGUAUACACACACACAGCUCAUAAACAUAUAGCAGAAAUCUUUAUUUGAUUCCAACAGGGAUCCCAUGAGAAAAUAUCUUUAUUAUACAUUCAACAAAGUUGCAUCACUCCCUAAAAAAGGAGGAAGAGA